CUACUCCCUCACUUUACCCGCCAAUCAAGCCUUCCCUUCCCACCAUGCACUUCCCCCUGGCAGCCCUGACUCUGCUUCCCCUCGCCACCCACGCCAUUAACAUCCUCUCCUCCAACGACGAUGGCUGGGCCGAGCUCAACAUUCGCACUUUGUACGAUGCGCUCACUGCCGCUGACCACUCGGUGGUAAUAUCCGCUCCUGCAGAGAACGAAAGCGGAUCUGGCUCCAACGACGCAACACCCACUCCUUUAACCUCUCCCUGCGAAUUUGACUCCUGUCCCAGCGGCAGUCCCGCCGUCGGCCAUAAUGCCACCCAACCACGCUUCAACUACGUCAACAGCUACCCAGCGACCUCCAUGAAAUAUGGUCUCAACAACCUCUCCUCCACCUACUUCUCCGGGGCUCCCGACCUUGCCGUCGCCGGUCCCAACGUAGGCGCUAACCUCGGCCUCGCCGUCUUCUUCUCCGGCACCGCUGGGGCAACUACCUACGCCGCCAAUCAAGGCAUUCCCGCGAUUGCUUUCUCCGGCUACACUGGCUCCCAGAUCGCCUGGAAUGUGAGCAGCGUUCCCACGUACAGCACCGUAUAUGCGCAGCUGGCGACAAAGCUGGUAGAUGAGUUGGUGGAGUCCGGAACGCCGUAUUUGCCUACGGGCGUGUGGUUGAAUGUGAACUUUGGGGCUGUGAGUGAUGAUAGUUGUACGAGCGCGGAUGAUUUCAGCUUUGUGCUGUCGAGAAUCUUUACGGCGAUUCCAUUGAUCACGGCGGAUGAUGUUGAAACCUGUAACAGUACGAGGUUGCCCACCGAGUUGGACGUUAUGCUGCACAGUGGAUGCUGGGCGAGUGUGUCGGUGGGUAUGGCGGGAGAUAAGCUGGAUGCGAACGCGACAGUGCAAGGCGUGGUAUUGGAGAAGUUAGGGGGGUUGUUGACUUGUUUGGAAUGAUUCCACUAUUUCCAG